AUGCAAUUUCAAAACGAAAAUGCUCUCUACGACCCACAAACCAUCAAAAAUUUCAACGUUUCCUCAAAAAAAACUAAAGAUUGGAGCAAUACCUGAUCGCAAUGAAUUUUUCCACUUCAGAAGCCUGAAUAUACUCCAGAAGUCUUAACAGCUUUAAAUACACUUGAUAACCAUCUUGCUGCAUUUACUGAAGCCUUAAAACAGCCCUCAGAUGACGAUGAGUCUUUUCCAAUAGAAGAACCUAGUGUAAACCCUUUCAGCCAAAGGCUAGUCCCUAUCCCUGAGAGAGCCUAUUUUAAACGUCGAAAAUCAAGCAUCGGAAAUUUUGAGAAAAAACACCAAAUUCAUAAUCGAAGAAGAAGUGAUGCAAACCCUAUAGAAACAAAUGAAAAAUAUAGGCAUUAUCUGACUCCAGAGGAAAAUGUAAAUAUAGGAAUUAUUAUCAUUUUUAAUAGUAAAAAUUUAAAAAAAUCUGACUCCAGAAAUAAGGGAUUUUAAUAAGGAUUUGAAAAUGCUGAAAAAUCCUGUUUUGAGAAAAUACUCAAUAGGGACGAGGAGCAGCUUUGAUAUGAGGGCGACUAUUCUUUCGAGAGAGUUUCGUACAGAUAUUGUAAGCAGAGAUGGGAUUAAUCUGAAUUCUAAAGUCCAGCUAAAAGAACUUAAAUUUCCCGUUAAAUUUAUAAAAAAUAUAUGCUUUAAAUUUUUGGAGACUUAAGCCUCUAUUAAAUUAAACUAUUUUUUAAAAUUUUAAAUGGAAAAUGCUAUAGGUAAAAAUUUGUAUCAAAAUAGCUUUGUGCAGGGAGUGCAAGUAACAUGCAUAAUAUUUAAAUAUUUUGUACUUUGAGUUGACAGAUUUUAUAUUAAUUUCCUUAAAAUUUUGUCAAAAUGAUUAUAGAAUUAUUUUUUAUAAAAGAUCAAAAUGAUUAUAUUCAAUUUAUGUAGCCUAUUUUUAAAAUAUUUAGUAAAUUUGAAAUUAAUCCCCCUUUUAAUUGGAAUGAAUUUUGGUUCAGAGGAGUAAGAAAAGUAAAGUAAGAAGAAUUUUACUUUCUGGGUUAUAG